CUAAAACUUCUUGAAACAGAAUUUUUUCCCCAUCAUUUUAUUAUAAUUACCGUGGAUGUUUUUUUAAUGACCUCAUGUUUAUUAACAAACUAUACCUGUAAAUGGAACAUUCAUACUUUUAAAAGUGUAUUUGUCCAUGUUCAUAUGUCAACUAAAUAUUCAUCUAAUAGUUGACAUAUUAUAUAUUAUAUAUUUGGUAUUAUAUAUGUGGUGUAUAAUUCUCUAACUGAAUAUGUAGCUCUAAUCUGAACAUCUGUGUUUCUGGACAGCUCUGCAAGUUCAAAGGAUAAAUUACCUUACAUGCAUGGAAAUAUUUUUCUUGAUCUUGACAGUUAAUCUUUAAAGCCCUGUAAUGUCACCGUUCAUAAAUAAUCAUUUUCUUUGUGCAAACUGAAUAGAUUGGCCUCUCAUUCCUCAGACUCAUUUCUUCAGAUCUCAUACUUUGUCUAUAUGUUAUUUCUAUAGCCGUGCUUUGCCGAUGAGGUCCACUUAAUCCACAGAAGAGGAGAGAUCCUCGUAGCCUCAGCGAAAACAGUUUUUUUUGGAGUGGUCAUCCCAAUGCUUGCUUGAUUCCAAGGUAUUAAAGAUUUUCGUUUGUGUGGUGGCACAUGUGAGAGGUCGAAAGUGUUUCUCCAACGAGUCUACCAAAAACUCAGACUGUUUUCCAAAGCAGACGAGUCUCAACCACCUCCUACGGCGGUGAUGGGAAGUGUGAGAACACACCGGUACAGCAUAGUUUCCUCUGAGGAAGGCGGGAUGAAGCUGUCCCCUAUUGCCAUGCAAAAUGGCUACGGCAAUGGAAAUGUGGGCGGCAAAGUGCACAUGCAGCAGCAAGAGCAAACCCGCUUCGUCAACAAGGACGGACACUGCAAUGUGCAGUUCAUCAACAUGAGUGAAAAAGGUCAGCGCUACCUGGCCGAUAUCUUCACGACGUGCGUUGACAUCCGCUGGCGUUGGAUGAUGGUCCUCUUCUGCCUCUCCUUCCUAUUGUCCUGGCUUCUUUUCGGAGUAAUUUUCUGGCUCAUUGCACUUUUGUCUGGGGAGUCUGAGAAUCAAGAGCAGAUAUGCAUUUCGAAUGUUGAUAGCUUCACAGCAGCAUUUCUGUUUUCCGUGGAGACACAAACAACUAUUGGUUAUGGCUACCGAUAUGUAACAGAGGACUGCAGCAUUGCUGUCUUCAUGGUGGUUUUCCAGAGCAUCUUGGGAUGCAUCAUUGAUGCCUUCAUCAUUGGUGCAGUCAUGGCUAAGAUGGCCAAGCCUAAGAAAAGAAAUGAAACGCUUGUGUUCAGUCACUAUGCCACAAUAGCUAUGAGAGAUGGUAAACUGUGUCUAAUGUGGAGGGUCGGGAAUCUCCGGAAAAGCCACUUGGUGGAAGCUCAUGUUCGUGCCCAGCUGCUCAAAUCUCGCACAACUGCUGAAGGCGAGUUCAUCCCGCUGGAUCAGAUAGACAUUGAUGUCGGAUUUGACACUGGUAUUGACCGCAUAUUUUUAGUGUCCCAUAUCACCAUUGUGCAUGAGAUUUCUGAGGACAGUCCUUUCUAUGAUAUGAGCAAACAGGAACUGGAAAGUUCGGGGCUGGAGAUUGUGGUGAUUUUGGAGGGCAUGGUGGAAGCUACGUCUAUGACCACUCAGUGUCGGAGCUCUUACGUUACGAGUGAAAUCCUGUGGGGUCAUCUCUUUGAGCCGGUCCUUUUUGAGGAGAAAAACCAUUACAAGGUGGACUACUCACGCUUCGAGAACACCUAUGAGGUUCUCAGCACACCUCAAUGCAGCGCUCGAGAUUUGGCCAAAAAAAAGUACGUAAGGUCUAGCUCCAACUCUUUUUGUUAUGAGAAUGAAGUAGCAUUCAUGGAUAAAGAGGAAACAGAGGAUGACGACGAUGAUGAUGAUGAUAAAGACCAGAAGAACAUCAGAAGGGACAGCAUGCUCUUGGAAGGAUCUAAUAUUGAUGAUGUCAAAAGCACAGUUUCCAGUCAGGAUUCUUUACCACUACAACUCAAACCUUCAAGACAACAGCCUGAGUUAUGACUGAUUUAAGAAAGACUUUUUUUGUUGACUAUUUGGUGUGUAGCAUAAAAGGGUGUUUUGCUGCUAUUUUAAAAGCAAAAUGUUGUCAGGAACCUCAAAAGUCUGGAUUGCAGAUGUUGUAACUCACUUAGCCUUGUUAUCUAAGAAGACAGAUCAACAAGCAUUAACUUUCAAAUCAACCCUGACAGUCUAUAUGCAUUUAAUUUGUAAUAUAGACUAGAGCAGCACAUAUUGAAGAUAAUAUAAGCAAGGAACAGAAAAAUACAUUACAUAACUUUUGCACAAAGUUUUCACCUGGUUUUUAUAGAUUUUGGGCAGUCAGACUGGUCAAAUAAAAAAAUGGCAGUGCAUUAGGUCACAGAUUUUUUUUUUCUUUUUUUCAUCCAGUCAGAAAAUACAACGUUUGAUAUUUUGACCUAAUUUUAGAAAACGCAUUGUUUUAUUUGUUACACAGUGCUACCAGUCUAUUUAACUUAGUUUCCUGGCCACCAUUCUUGGAUGCAUUUUUUUAUUUCACUGAGCUUGUCACAAUGCAUUCUGGGAUUGCUUU